AUGGAUAGGGUGAGGAAGAUAGGUCUUUUUGACCGACUCUCCCGCGCAUUUGGCUGGGGAAAGACUGCUCAGCAUGACUGCGGCGAUUUGCGGGAAGAGAGUGACACAAAUGCCACACACGGCUGUAGGAGCGACAACAGCCACGCUAAGGAAGUCGAUUCGGCAUUGCUUCGAAAGACUUUAACACCAACAUCGGCCAAUAAUAAGUCGCUGUCGACGUCUCCACAGGCCAACGCGUGUGAGAAGGACAGUGUAGAAGCUGCGCAAAUACCAAGUGGGACACAGCGACAAGAGGAUCCGGUGGGAAUGCUCAGCAAGACCGAUGAAUGUGAAGAAAACGUACUGGCGGAUCCGAAUGGCUUCUUCUCGUUUCUCGACGAUGUUAUUGCCGGUAAAAAUAAACAGCUCCUUGAGGAGAUGAACAGGCAGCGGCAGGGAGGAGGUGACGAUCAACAAAAUACUGCAGUUGGAUCUGGAAGCCGCUUGACUGCCACACCGCAAAACUUGAAUCUUUUAUCUGCCACGUCUGAGAAGCAGGAUCAGCCGAGGGAGGAUCAUGAAGGUAACGAACUAAAGAAACAGGGCUUAUCACUGAAUCGGCAGAAGAACCGGGUGACCUCCUUCCCAUCCUCCUCUGCAGCUCGUUCGCUGAAGGACUAUGAACUUGUGGCGUACUUGGGCAAAGGCAGCUUUGCCGAGGUUACGUUAGCGCGUCACAAGGUUACGCAGAAACUAUACGCCCUAAAAAAGAUAUCCAAGUUGAAGGUGCAAGAGGAGGGCUGCAUUCGGAGCACCUUAAUGGAGCGACAGCUGCUGGCUUCACUCAGUCAUCCCUUCUUGAUUAGGCUCCAUCGGGCAUUUCAGAGCCACACACACCUGUACCUGGUGCUCGACUUCGCACAGGGUGGUGACCUAUACUACUUUCUUGAGACGAAGCCGUGGGUACGGGACAUGCGGCGCAGACUUCAGAGGAUGCAGGUUGACUUGCGGGGCGACGAGGCAUCAAGUGUGGUGCCGAACAGCACGGCAAUGAUCAGUACACGCGGGGAGUGCGACACGAAGGACAGGAGGUUAGGUGCAGUGGUCUCGCCAAGCUUUCUUUCGUUGAGCUCCACUUUGUUGGUGCCCCUAGUUUCCGACGGCAGUCGCACACCAAUACGGUUAGUUGCUUUCUAUGCCAUUGAACUUGCCCUAGUGCUGCAGUACCUGCAUGAGAAUGGUUUUGUGUACCGUGAUCUUAAGCCCGAGAAUGUCUUAAUGACACGCGAUGGUCAUGUGAUGCUGACGGAUUUUGGGGUGGCAAAGUACGGUGGCCGCAACAAGCCGCAAAAAGCAGGUAAUGAAAGAAUGAACAGUUUCACUGGUACAACGCAGUACAUGAGCCCGGAGAUGCUGUUGGGAAAGUCACAAGGCCCCCGCAUUGAUUGGUGGAGUUUCGGCUGCAUGCUUUUCGAGAUGAUAACUGGUCGGAGGCCGUUCGAGGCAGAGAGCCAGUACGCCGUCGUACAGGCAAUCGUCGAAUGUGACGUGCAGGUCCGUCACGAUGAUUUCCUCUUUACCUCACUGGAGGUUGAGACACGUGUAAUGCAGUUGCACAAGCGCCACCAGGAGCUCAAACUCCAUAUUUUGCGUCACGUAAUGUACCAAAGGAGUCGUGACGAUGUGAUGACAGUGGGAGGAGAGAAGAAUGAAAGAAUAGUGUCGCCGCUGUACAGCUCAACGCCUGAAAUGCAGAUUUCUGAUUCCUAUCUGUCAUACAUACCGGCUGCACUGUCUAGGUCCAUCCCUUCCAAUAUUAUAUUCCCCGACGAAAUGCCGAGUAUGGAGAGUGACUUAUUCUUCGGCAUCAGUGGCGAGAAGGUGAAUGUGUUUGCUCCCAUGACCAAGGAAGAACGCUCGCAUUACCUGCUCCAAGCCACGGAAGAGAUGACGGAGGCGAUCAAUCUUCUACAGAAGUUGGUUCUCAUGCUACUGGAGCGGCGUCCAGAGCAGCGACUGAGCGGACCGGCGGUCCUAGAGCACCCAUUCUUCUCCUGUGCGUAUGUCACAUCGCAGCUGUACUAUGAGCGCCCUCCCGCUUCAGAUAAUCUCCACAGCAGUAGUGUCUGCAGUCCGAUAAAGAGCGGAGGCAUGGCCGUGAAUACUCCUUCUUCGUUGUACGGCUCAAGUGCUGGCGAUGCUUUUCCAUGCACAAAGCGCCCAACAUUGCCUUCGACAUCAUGCAGCCCUGGAGCAAGUCAUGGUGCCGUUGCUGAAGAAGUUAAUAACAGUGAUGGUAAAAACGUUGGCACAGAUCCAUCACAAACGCACGGUUCUCCUGCUUACGAGGCUUUCACUAGGCCAGCUAUUACACCGCGGCCGGAGAACUGGCGCGAGCUCUUCUUGGAACGAAAAGUUCGAUCUCUCUACACGCCGCGGCUGCGUGCAUCCGAUGACCUGCGUUACUUCCCUAGUGCGGUGACGGCAACCGGUGUCAGCGUUGUGGCACAACAGCAAGCACUGCGGGAGCAGGCAAGGCGAAGGAGCGAGCGUUCGCAUCAUCACAAUGAUGAAGAGGCAACCGCCUCCGCCUAUGCCCCUGCGGAGGUUUCUUCUGCGUCUGCUUCACCUCAAUUUAAUACAGAGGAUGUAUUCACUGAGCAGCGGGCGCUGCCUGACUACAUUGUUAGCGAGGAGGAAGAGGAUGAAGAAACGGUACCAUUGUCAUCGGCGAAGGAAAUCGCUUGGGGGACGUCGUUGGCGGCCAAGGAGAGUGCUACUAAUGUUCCAGGGCUAUCCGCGUCAUCUGAGCAAGUACGGAGUCCUGCACCAGGGCGUCAGCUGGAGUCGACGGACAGCGACUUCGCACGCAGCUUGGAGAUUUCGGCCUUUGGCUCCGCUUCGACCACGCCCCUCCGAUCUCAUCGUGCCAAAGGCGACAUGUCGGCUGAAGGGGCCACGGUUUUGUCCACCCCAGACCCGACGGCGAGUCCACCCGAACUUUCAGCCACGCCGCCACCGCCGGCUCCCCUGCUGUUACAAGCAUCGAUGAUGGGGAAUGCUGUGGCGGUGCCCGACGCCCAACUGAAGACCGGGAUGGGGCGCUCCGGACAGGGAGAGGUGCCGCAUGGCAUGAUACGCGCUGCGGAGGUGCAGCUGGAUUCAGACCCGCCAUUGAUCGGGGAGGGAGGGAAGGAGAACGCGUUUUUCGCUCCGUCGCGGAGUACCAGUGAUGACGAGGACGGCCUUUUGCAGACACUCGUCGAUUCAGUGGAAGCUUUACCUGACACGCUUUGCGGUAUUGCAUACGAUGUGGAUGACUACGCCCUCAGCAGAAGCAGCAGCUGCGGUUACAGCAAACAAAAGAGAUCACCGCAGCACACUUGCUUUUCCCUGAACACAUGGAUGUACACGCGGAACGAAACCAGUUCUGGUAAGGGUGUGGAUCAACCGAGUCAAUCUUCGCGGCCUUCGGUUGGUGCGGCGGGUGACUCGCUGCGGUCGGGCGAGCAUCUAAUCCCCCCCUCUGAAUGCGUCUGUCCGGGAUACCCAAUCGUGUCUCACAUCACCCCAACAGCGCCGGCGACGGAUGGGUCCUCCAUGCUUCGUUCCCGUCGCACGAACCCUAACCGCUUUGUAGAGACUGACACACUUCACAUCUCAAACCCCUCGCUCUUCUCAUUGACGGAGCUCGCGUCCAACACGUCGCCGACCUCGAUGGCGGAGAUGGGUGACGCGAGCGAAGCGCCAGUGGGGGGUAACGUACGCACUCUACCUCUCUGUAAAUCAGCGCAGGAUCAGCCGUUGAUGGGGGGGCGGCGCGAUGACCGCAUUUCCUCGCCGCUGCUGGAUACCUGUUCCGUGGGUGGGACGGGUGGAGCUCAGCAUUACUUGGGAUUCACAUUCGAAGCGCACAGCGGCGGCGCAAUCCUGCUGGGCGGUGCUGCGAGCAGCGGGGACAAAAUGAACUUCUCUGGGUUAAUGUAA